UCCUGAGGCCUAGUCAUCAGCUAGUCCCACUCCGUGCGUCCUCCCCUCCUCGGCUGUCUCUGCGCUCUAACAUCGCUCGCUUGUUUAGGUCGUUGUCGUUGUUGUUGUUAUUGUUGUUGUUGUUUACAUUGUGCGUUCUGAUUACAAACAACGUUUUUGUUUUUACUUGUGCCGUGCGCAGUAGCAGCAGCAGUAGCAGCAUUUAUCGGCGCGUAUAGCCGCGUCUCGUGGUGACUGUCAGUGUUGUUUGUGGUGGUUGUUGUUGUUGUUUGUGGUGGUGGUGGUUGUUGUUGUUUGUGGUGGUGGUUGUUGUUGUUUGUGGUGGUUGUUGUUUGUGGUGGUUGUGGUUGUUUGUGGUGGUGGUGGUUGUUUGUGGUUGUUGUUGUUUGUGGUGGUGGUGGUUGUUGUUGUUUGUGGUGGUGGUGGUUGUUGUUGUUUGUGGUUGUUGUUGUUUGUGGUGGUGGUGGUUGUUGUUGUUUGUGGUGGUGGUUGUUGUUGUUGUUUGUGGUGGUGGUGGUUGUUGUUGUUUGUGGUGGUUGUUGUUUGUGGUGGUGGUGGUUGUUGUUGUGUGUGGUUGUUGUUGUUUGUGGUUGUGGUUGUUGUUUGUGGUGGUUGUUGUUGUUUGUGGUGGUGGUUGUUGUUGUGUGUGGUGGUGGUUGUUGUUGUUGUUUGUGGUGGUGGUGGUUGUUGUUGUUUGUGGUGGUUGUUGUUUGUGGUGGUGGUGGUUGUUGUUGUGUGUGGUUGUUGUUGUUUGUGGUUGUUGUUGUUGUUUGUGGUGGUUGUUGUUGUUUGUGGUGGUGGUGGUGGUGGUUGUUUGUGGUGGUGGUUGUGUCCGCCAGCAAAGGGGUCGCUUGGCUAUAAACGCAUCGCAGGCGGUCGUGGGUUUUGUUGCUUCAGUGGUGCUUAGUUGCCGUGGUGGUUUGUGAGGCUUUCGAGUUGCUGCUGCUGCUGUUGUUGCUGUCUCGUCAACGUUGGAGGUCUAGGACUGUUAAACCAAGUUGUUAUACAUCCCACAAGGGGGAGGUUUAGCGACUUUGUGAGAUCUCCGCGAGGUUUUCAUGCUGUAGAGUUAAACCUCGGCGAGGUCUAGGACUGUUAAACCAAGUUGUUAUACAUCCCACAAGGGGGAGGUUUAGCGACUUUGUGAGGUCUCCGCGAGGAUUUGAUGCUGUAGAAUUAAACCUCGGCGAGGUCUAGGACUGCGUCUUAAGGGAGGUUUAGUGUUGUUAAACCCCGGCGAGGCUUAAGUAGAAUCGUGUCCCAACAAAGUGUGGUUUAAGGCAGAGUCGAGUUGAACCCUAAGGUCGUGUCAACCAAAGGGAGACGUCGUGCAAAACCGAGCGUUAAACCUUAAGUAGGUUUUUUGUUUUGUUUUAAAAAAAGCGUCGCCUCGCAUCUAAGGAAGCCCUUUCAUUCGAGGUCAAGUUUGCCCUUCGACUGAGGCUCAUCAUGGCCAGCAUCAUCCCGGCGAGCAAGCUGCGAUUCGCCGUGCUGGGCGUGGAGGGCGACUCCUCGUCAGGCUCGGAUGGCGAUGAAGACGGGGUCCACCACGGCACGAGGAAGGAUGGAGGAGGACGUGGUGGUGGUGGUGCAGGACGAGGAGGGGUUGCACGGGGAGAUGGAGGGGCAGGUGGAGCUGCUGGCGAGAAGAAGCGGGCGAGGAAGAAGAAGAAAAAGGAAAAGAUGAUCGAGCAGACCAACGAGCUGAGGAACCUGGCCUUUAAGAAGCUACCCGUGCGUCCAGCGGUCCGUGUGGAGGGCGACGCGUCGUCACCGCAUGCCCAGCCCGACUCCCAGAAGCCCAACGGGGAGCAGCGCUCCAACGGGGAGCGCAGUCUGGUGGCUGACGGCGUGCCAGACGAAGGCACCUGCGGACAGCUGGACACGUUGGAAUCUUUUGAUGCCGACCUUCAAAGAGCUCUCCGGCUCAGCAAGAUGGAGUACGAGUUUCAAAAGACGCAAGGGGUCGUCGAUCCAGACGGAGUCCCUCGGGUCCCCAAUCGGAAGGAGCGUCGCAAGCUCCUCCAGGAGGCGCGUGACCGCGACCCCAGGAUGGUGGAGGUGCUGCUGCCUCCCGAACCCACGCCGGCGCACGCUGCCCAGACGGACGGCGCCGCAGACGCACCGAGUGGCGGCGGCAGCAGCAGCACCAACAGCAGCAGGGCUGCUGACAAGAGUCGGGGCGGCUCUCGGGGUGGCUCCGGUUCUGCGGCAGCGGCGGCGGCGCCGUCGUGCAGGGGCGCCGCCGAGGAGCCCCCGGCGGAGCGCGCAGCGCGGCUUCCGAGCCCCGUCCUGGAGACGGUGAGGAUCGAGCAGCUCAAGGACGGCCUGGAGAAGAAGGACAAGGAGAUCGCCGACCUGAAGGUGGUCACCGCUGAGUGGGAGGUGAAGUUCAAGGAGGUGAAGAAGCGGAACGCACAGCUGCUGUACAUGCUGCAGCAAGGAGAAAUGAAGGAGAAGUCUGACGUGCUCUUGCAAGUCGAGGAGCUGACCAACAUAAAGAACGAGCUCACACAGCAGGUCUCCGACCUCCACACUGCUCUGGAACAAGAGAGGUCGAAGGUGAAAACACUACAAGCGGAGCUCGUGAAACACCAGCAGGGAGGGAAGAAAAUAAGAAAAGCUUCAGAGAGUGAACACUGAUCUCGGGCAACACGGAUGAAACAGCACUCGCAGCUUCCUAGGCUGGACGGAGUGCAACGGUGGUUAUUUUUACACGUUGCGUUACCCCUCAAUCCAGGGACCGAACUUCCGAAGUUGAAUUUCUUUCGCGUUUCCACGGCACAACGGGUGCAUUGUGCCAGCUUUGUUUUAUUUUGUUAUCGUUACACGCGGCCUCUUGAGUGUGUAACGUGGGACUGUGUAAGCUCACGUGCGAUUCACGCAGAAAGAUGUAGCACGAGUGCCCUGUGAGUGGCAAAGGGGAGGUGUGCCGGUGCAUUUGGCGGCGAGGGUUUACUCCGGGUGGCCCGGGAUGUGACGAGUCAUCGGUGCGUACGGAACAACCGUAGCGUGUUGCAAUAAAAUGCUGCGGCAGUUCAUUUCCAAAGGCACAAAACACUACGCCUGUCUCAAGUUUGUUUUUAUUAAAGCUAAGUUGUACCUCAUCAACCCGGUUAAAUGCGACUUUUGGUGCAAGUGCUGUUAGCGAGUAGCACCCAUGAAUGCGAACAUGACACAAGAGGGGGUGUGGGUUGGCCAGCACCACGCUCGAGCACCGUAUUGUUCCUAGCGGCGAUAUUUACACAUCACACCAGGUACUCAUUUGAGGCAGUCGACCCAACGGAGGCCCAGGACCGGUUCAGAUGAUUAGUCAUUGUUAUUGGCCGUGAAUGGGAAUCAAAACUCGGGUCACUGGGUUCGGAGCAAAGCCAUUACCGCUCUCCACACAUAUAUAUUAGAUCCCGUGGCGUUUUUUUCAAAAUAGGGGGGGGUAGGCCUUGCGUGCCAUUGUCAUGGCCCAAAUUUGGCAAGCUUCAAGCAAAUCUUCUUGCAUUUUACUGAAUUGUAACAACCAAAUAACAACAUCGCCCCCGACUGACAGACUAUGCCCGUUUGCAGGCCGGUACUCAAUCUUUGCUGUCUAUCUCUGUUCCUUCUCCUUGUGCUCAAUCCUCGCUUUCGCUCUUUCGAUCUCCUUGUCCCCCUUAACUGGAACAAACUUCCCCGCAACACAUUAACCAGGCACCGACACUCGCUAAGUUUACGCUCUUCACUAAAACCGUAUUUUUUGUUCCCUAGCUCACCCCACGACCCCCCUUAAUCUCCCCCUCAUAACCACCACCGUUACUGUUCCCAUCUUCAUAUUCUCAUUAUACGGCUAUCACUCAUUCCCCAUUCAUUAAAUCCAUUCGUCAUCAUUUACUGUCGUCGAUUUCGCUUUCACCUAAUUCACGCGUCACAGAUUUGCCCCCCCCCCCCCCCCAUUGCUUCCUCCCAUCUGUUCCAUUCACCUCGUCUCCACCAUCACAUUCAUAUGUACCAUUGUUAAUUCUGCAUAAAGCGCCUUCGAUAAGGCGGUUUAUUAAUUAUUUGAAGGUAGGAGAAGAUACUGCUUCACCUUGUGCCGCACGGGGACAGCUGCCAUCAGGGGGUCCCCUAGGCGCACUAAUCGAGAGAGGGACUACAUUUGGACAUUGGAAUGAUCGAGUUGUGAUGCAAGGCGCCUCGCGACAUUUUAGCGGAGGAUACAUGUACAUUCCUGAAUCCUUAAGUUGUGAGCACGGUUUUUUCGCGGCUUUUUACCAUUGCUAAUAUACUCAUGGCUCGAGGCCACCAGUGGAGAGGCUGAGCACUGCCUAUAAUCCCUCGUGAGUGUAGAGAUAUUUUCACUCGUUAACAUUUACUCCGGCUUGCCACCUGCUUUAUAGUUGACAUUGACAAAUUCCGGAUCCACAAAAAGGUCGCCUUUGUAAACUCCGGCGCACACAGGCUGCUGCAUUGAGGGCACGUUAUUACUUUUGUUAAUUUGUUAAAGCGGUGCAUCAAUCGCCGCAACGCUUUCGGUACACGCGACAAACUUAUUCCGAAGAGUCUUCCAGAAGAAUGUGCGUCGCGGAGAGAAGAAGCGGGUGAAAGAGAUGCGACGACUGUGAGGCCUUGAACAGGUGCUUGAAGUUUCGCGACGACAACGAUAGCAUGCAGGGAAACGGGGCGACCAUCAACUUUAGUGAAGGUUGACUACUCGGAAGUGGAAAGGCAGUCGUGUCGUGGGUCUAAUGAAGAGAAUUCGUGCUCGGAGUUUAGGGAAGGUGAGGCCAGAGACGUAAUGCCGGAGCAGACCACAGAGGAGAUUACAACAGGGCAACAUCAUAUCCAAUCCUGUGCGAUUGCUAAUGUUUGUCAAUGAGGAACACUGCAAACUAGGCUUCGGCAAGGUAAGGUAAUUUACCCUUUUUACCGGAUAAAAGGGUCCAGGGUAAAGGUGUCGACAUGCCAAGGGGUAAGGUAAAGGGUAGGGUAAAGGUAGGCUCGUUGCUUUUUACCUUACCUGCUAAAGGGUAAAAAUAGGGUAGAGUGAUUGUAUUGUGGUAAUGUAAAAGCUCGGGUAAAGGUAGGCUCGUUUUUACACUUUUACCUUGCCGAGGCCUACUGCAAACCGUGAGUUAAGGUGCUCUACUACAAGUCAAAGUCCCUUCGGUGUUGACACGCGUAAUGAUUUAUUUCAGAACAAUAAAGUUUGCCUGUAGCAAGGAUCGGUAAGUGGCGUGUGUUGUUGAGCAAGGCGCAACCCAAACAAUGUAUCGGUUGCUGCUUUGACUUCAUUGACGAUAUCGAUCCAAGUAGAAAUUUGCAUCUGCAAUUAACAAAAAACUUGCUGAAUAAUCCGUGACAUCUCAGCUCCAGGCUCUAUGGUGCAGUGCCACUGUUGUCGAUCUGACCCCCGCCCCUCCUCCCAUGUGCUGAGCUCCAUAGGCAAGCAUGGAUCACCUCCCAGCAUUUGCUGUGGAUGGUGACUUCAGCCAGAGAUUCACGACGGGGAUUCCAGCUCACACACCCACGUGUUGAGACUCCAGUGUGGCUGUUCCGUCAUUAGAGGGCGCUAUGGCGGUGUUCGCCUGAGAGAGUCGCUUGCAGUCAGGUUUUGCCAAUAACGUUGGUCAUCAAAAAAAUAAAAACAUUUCUGGCCUGGACUUUUGCAGCUGUUUUAGGCUAAUUUCAGGGUGCUGAUUCCAAAUCUGAUCUCAGAUUUGCUCUAGCACAUCUCAUUUUAUGCUAUCGGCAUACCCCAUUUUAAUUGAUUUUACCCGAAAUUAACUCACUUAUGAUUGCAAGUUGUCGUGAGUCAGUGACUGCGUUAGUGUUAAAAUCUGGUGCUGUAUUUUUAGGAUAGUGUGUUUAUAAUAUUUUAUGUAGAUAUCCACAUUUAUUUAAUAUUAUUCUUCUGCAGUUUUUAUUGAAAAUGCAAUAUUUGAUAUCUCAAAAACCUGAUGUGAUAGACAAAAACUGAUGCCAGAUUUGGAAUCAGCACCCCAAAAUUACCUUACAACCUUUGGAAUACCUUAUGCCAGAAAAAGUGUGUUGACCAGUGUAAUGAAGCUGAUGAUGAAUCGUCUCAGACAUCCCGUGACGUCACAUCUGUGAAAUAACCGCGGUUUUUUUGGGUUGUGUCUACCUAGACAUGGAUGCCCGUGACCUUGUCCUUCGAGUAUGUAUGUGGAACUUCUUUUGCACCGUACUUAGCCUGCCGUGCUAAUCGGUGGUUGAAGAGUGAUCACCACUCGCCACUUAGCAUGCAGAGUCGCCAGUUUGAUUCUCAUUCUGGUUGCCCACUUAUGUCCUGCAGGGAAUUGCCAAAGUGCAGUGUCUGCUGCAUAGUGUCCUUUAAGUACCCUGCAGUGUCACCAGCAAGUGUAGGGGCCAUUGCGCGCUGUUGUUGUGGCCUAAAAAAAUCCGCUUCACUCACAGUUUUUAUGGAACAGGAUGCUGUUGGGCAUGGCAAGUGGUAGGUGUUGAAACCGCUUGCUGCUGUUCGUGUGUGAUGGGAAUGUUGGCGGUUCGCGCACUUCAUAUUCUGAAGGUUGCGAGUAUCAAUUCCUGGCCGCCCGGUCACUUAAGCUGAUCAUCUCUCAAGAGGAUUAUCUAAAUGAAAAGUUAAUUCCUGGAAAGUCAACAAUGGGAAUUUUAUUGAGAGAUUGCCUCUUGCCUUCAGCAUGUAGAAUUUUCACCCCAAACUUGGGUGCUGCUUGCAUAGGUGAAAACCGCCCCGAUGCUCGUUGGAGCAGGGAGAUAUUAUGACUUGCUUAGAACAUUAUGGCUCUGCUUUGCUAUUGCUCUGCAAUAACGGACAAGCAGGCAUUCUGCCGCGAGCCUUUCGCAGGAAGAGAUGGCAAAGCGAGCACAGCGUGCAUGAUCUUUCGGGCCGAUGUCGGUGUUUUGUCCCCAGAAAAGAACAAUUGGUGCAAUGAAGGGGACAAUAUCGAGCCGAAUAUUGCAUGAAAAUAUCGAAACGUUGGUACCACGUACACGGGGGUCGGCAACCAAAAUAACAAGAAGAGCCUUUUUUUUCGAAUUCAGUAAAAACAUAAAAUUAUCCGCUAAGCACCUGAUAAACUUCGCAAAGCGACAUUCCUUCAAGGGCCGUGUGCAGUUCCGGAGUAGGCGGAUGCCGACCCCCUGCAUAUUCAGCAAGGUUUAGGACCUAACGUUGUGACCGCGGCAGCUUCAUAAUUAUUUCGAAGUUGUGAGCCGAAAUUGGAAAAAUCUGCAAUGUAAUUCGCACAUAUAUGCCUGCAUUACACGAUUACCAUUCAACUUUCUUUUGAGAAGUGAGCUUCUAGAAUCAGUCAUAGACGUUUCACGUUCACACCUGGCAGUGAAAUUGUAAUUUGGUUUAUAAAAUGAAAAUGUUUGCUACACUCUUGAACACGCGGUGCUAGUACUGGUUACAUUCUUCAAUAUAUUUUGUACACUGCUUCCCGCAGUGUGUAAAGAUUCAUAUUCGAUUGGUAGAGACCAUUUGUUCUGAUUUACAGAGACACCUUAAGAUGUAACGUCUCCUUUUGUAAUAAAUUCUUUCUUCACUUUU